GGUACGAUUUUUCUCCCAACCCUUUCCUCCUCGACAACGACAAACCCAUCGCAUCACAGAAACACCCCUCCAAUAAGACCGAAUAGAAAAAAAAUCCGAAUUCUGAGCAUAGAAGCAAAAGUAAUUCCUUAAAAAUACAAAAUCCAGAAAGAUUGCAUCUUUCAAUCCAUCCCAGACGAUGCAGGGCACGACAUCUGCCUCAGCCACGGCGACGAAGUCGCCAUUCUCAGAUCCAGAGCAGAACUUACAGUGUCCUCGCUGCGAAUCAACGAACACCAAAUUCUGCUACUUCAACAACUACAACCUCUCCCAGCCUCGCCACUUCUGCAAAGACUGCCGCCGCUACUGGACCAGAGGCGGUGCUCUCCGCAACGUACCCGUCGGCGGCGGCACUCGCAAGAACUCCAAACGGUCUUCCGCCACCUCCGCUGUUGCUGCCACGAGCGCCGUCAAUCCCAAGCGUCCCUUGCCCUCCUCCUCCACCGGCGAGGCUCAAAGGUCAGAGCUUUUGCCCGCUCCCUUUACACCGGUAGAUGACGAUCACCGAAUGCUCGAUAUCACUGGUAGUUUUAGCUCGCUUCUCUCUUCCACUAACCAUUUGGGAAAUUUUCUCGACGGCGAGGCGGCAACGCCAGCGCUGGCGGAAAGUUUCCUUGGCCUGCCGGUGGACUCGAGUAGCUGGGGGUGGCCGGAUCUAACCAUUUAUACGCCAGAUACGAGGUUUGAGUGAGAGGAAGGAGUGAAGCGUGUAAGUUAUAAUUUGCUCUCUCAUUACAGUCGUUGAUCUCUUGUUUUGGUGACGAAUUCGGGGCUUGAUGGUAGUAUUUGGAUUAUGAGCUUUUAAUAUUGUGAUUUGUGUUAUAUAUUAAUUUUCUUUUCAAAAUCUUAUCUUUGACUGUCUUUGAGGGAA